AUGGUGGCCAAACGCCGCUCGUCGCGACAAGUGGCGAAGCGCAGCAUCUACGCCGAGCCCGAAACCGAUGACGAGGACUUUCAAUUCGAACACACCCGUCGAGGCAGUCAUGAUCAUGAGGAGGAGGAUGGUGAUGAGUACCAUGCAGAACCCGAACCGGAACAACGCGCGCCAAAGAGACGGAGAAUGGUGACUCGACGAAAGCCCCAGACGCGCAGUACUGCCAAAUCCACCCAAUCGACCCUCAAGACCGCCYUUCGAAUAGGCAAACCUCGAAAACCAAACAGCAAAGCCUCUGGCCACCGGGAGCCUGAAGAGAAGGAGCAGAACAAGGGCUUCACUGGUCCAAGUGAUGGAAAGAWUCGAGAUUGGACAUCGCUUCCAGUCAACAUCCUUCGAGACAUCUUCAUCUUUGCGACGUUGCCAACAAGCGAUGGCGGCAUUGUGCGCUCCGAUACUGCAUGGCUCGUCCGGACUGCGCGCAUGUGUCGCGGGCUCGCUCAGCCAGCCUUGGAAGCAUACUACUUCUCGCCCGCGCUGUAUGCCAGCCAGCAAAUGCAUGACUUUCUGGAACUCCUGCAAAAACCGAAUGUGGAGCGCUAUCUGAACUACAAUGUCAAAGUGCAGAGGUUGAAUGUGGAUGUGCGCGGUCUGGCUUAUGUUGCGCACGGGAAGCCUGCCUUUGAUCUUACCGCAUUGAUGCGCCACCUCCCUCAAAUGCAGCACAUGGAGAUCCACCAUGCCGACCACGUCGCGCCUUUUCGCCCCGUCAAAGUCGGUCGGUGGACGUUCAAUCCAAGACACCUAUUUCAAGCAAUGGAUGACACCAAGAUCCGCCUGAAGACUUGGAGAUGGUCGCGCAAUCUCAUCGACAACAACUCUUUCACGGACCUGUAUGAGAUGAUGUCGGUGGCGCACGGAAGGAAGGUGUUUGCGGGCUUGGAGCGGCUGGUGGUCUGCGGAUUCAAUGUCAGUGAUAGCGCAGAGGCAGUAAUUGAUGAAGAUGACACCCAACCCCUACCUGCCAACCUACCUGCCACCCUGGCAAGCUCCAUCUCCAAGCUGCCGUACGUUCGGGAUGUGUCCUUCAUCACUUGCGAUGUUAUCCAGUCUUUGCAACUUCUCCCGGCCAAUCUCCGCCGACUGGAAUUGAGCAACUGUCUCGAAAUCACCAGCGACAUCUUGCUCCAAUACUUUGCUACUUCCGGCGCACACCUCGAAGAACUUGUAUUAAGCCACAAUGCUGCACUCUCCCUCAGCUUCCUCCAAGGACUGAAGGCAGGAUGUCCGCGACUUCAAGUUUUGAAGAUCGAUCUCCACUACUACAGUGAGAAGAUGCUCACCGACGACUCGGAGCCGUUGUAUGACGAGCUCCUCGGCGCGGAUGAGUUUCCAACCUGGCCAUCCUCUCUCCGCCACUUGGAGAUUCUCCACGCGCAAAAGUGGCAGGCAGAAGGAGCACAGAACUUGUUCCGCUCACUCAUCGACAGCGCUCCCGAUCUUCCCGACUUGCGUCACCUCACCAUUCACACACACAUCAACAUCCCCUGGAGAGAUCGCGUUGGCUUUCGAGAUGAGUGGAUCAAGCGUCUUCGACGAGUCUAUUUACGGAAAUCCGAAGAUCCCUCCAAGAAUAUGGGUUCUUUGAAGCAGAUGCGCAUGUUGGCUGAUUUGCAAGGCAAGAAGAUUGGUGGUGCUAGUGACACCAAGGACGAACUCAGCCUUGACUUCUCCGACGACAACGAAGGCACCAACCCUCCCACAGCCCACGACCGCGUCUCCCCACACAAAUCCAGCGGCGAUACAGACCACUACUCCGACUCGGACAUGUCCAAGAAACCUCCCCGCGGUCCUCGGCGAAGCCUACGCGUCGCGGAAACCACUCAUCGGAGAAUCAGUCUGGAAUCCACUCCCAUUUCCACCGACGAAACGGAGGAUGAUGGCGAAGAGGGUGGAGAAGGAGAUCGUGGGUUGGUGGCGGUACAGGGAUUAUGUGACAUUGUGGACGUGAGGAUUGACAAUCAACGACCGAGAGAGGAACAGUGGACCGAGGGAGAUUUUUUGGAUAGUGAGAGGAGUGGAGAUGAUGAUUGGGAGGAGGGGAGGAGUGAUGGCGAGGAUGAGGGCGGAUAUGCUUGGUGA